AUGCCAGAGCCAUGCACUGCACAAGAGGCGGCUGAGUCUGUGGUUCCAGAAGGGCAUGUAGAUCGUUUGGUGUUAUUAAUGGAGCAGGACAUAGAGGACACGGACUCAUCAGGAGAUGCUGAGAAGGCGAUUACAAGAUCGUUGCAGCCAUCUACAAACCUUGCUAUAUGGCGUGUAGCUAAAUCAAUCAGAUUUCUCGCAACUGUGCCUUGGUGUCUGGAACAAAGUUUUUCGCAGACGAUCUACGCUGGAUAA